AUCUUGGCCCAUUAUAACAAACAAUCUUCGUUCUCAUUUUCAUUCACGAAAGAAUCUUUUUCAAACUCUGCCGCAAAACGAAACCUAAACGACGCCGUUUCUCUUCAUCUUCAACCUCCAGCUUCCUCUUCACUGCUGCAACUCUCUCUCUCUCUCUCUCUCUCUCUCUCGCAGAACAAUGAGGAGACCUAAAUCAAAGGAAUUUCGUAAGCAACAACGACUUUCAGAAGAAGAUGAAAUUAACCUCUUGAAUUCAUGGAUUCAAGCUCAAAAACCAGACUCCGGUACGAACCCAAUGUCUCUAAAACCUCUCCCCAAAAACUCCCCCGUCGGUCGUCUCGGCGACAAUACUUUCUCUCGCUACGCCGGCGUUGUACGGUUUGAACAGUUGCCAUUGUCGAAGAAGACCAAAGACGCAUUGCGAGCUUCGAAGUUCGUUUCCAUGACUGAUAUUCAAAGAGCUUCUCUUCCUCAUUCAUUAUGUGGUCGUGAUGUUCUUGGCGCCGCCAAAACUGGUUCUGGAAAAACACUUGCUUUCAUUAUCCCUGUGUUGGAGAAAUUGUAUAGAGAGAAAUGGGAUGUUGAAGCUGGGGUUGGGAGCAUCAUCAUAUCACCUACAAGAGAAUUAGCUGCUCAGAUAUUUGAUGUGUUGACGUCUGUUGGGAAGAACCACGGUUUUAGUGCUGGCCUCCUCAUUGGUGGUCGUAAGGAAGUUGCGAUUGAGAAAGAAAGUGUUAACAAGCUCAAUGUAUUGAUCUGCACACCCGGUCGCCUUCUACAACACAUGGAUGAAACUCCCUACUUUGACUGUUCAGAGAUGAAGGUGUUGGUACUAGAUGAGGCUGAUCGUAUUCUUGAUAGUGGAUUCAAGAGGGAACUAAAUGCAAUCAUCUCACAAUUACCAAAGCGCAGACAAACCAUGCUGUUCUCGGCAACUCAAACAAAGUCGGUUCAAGAUCUCGCAAGAUUAAGUUUGAAGGACCCGGAGUAUCUAAGUGUGCACGAAGAGUCUAUAACUGCCACUCCUACUCUUUUGAAGCAAAUUGUGAUGACUGUUCCCUUGGAUCAAAAGUUAGAUAUGUUAUGGAGUUUCAUAAAGACGCAUUUACAGUCAAGAACACUUGUCUUUCUAUCUAGCUGUAAACAGGUAAAAUACGUGUUUGAGGCAUUUAAGAAACUUCACCCUGGUAUACCGUUGAAAUGCCUUCAUGGGAGGAUGAAGCAGGAAAAAAGAAUGGCAAUAUAUUCCGAGUUCUGUGAGAAGCGCUCAGUUCUCUUUUCAACUGAUGUGGCCGCAAGAGGCCUUGAUUUUAAUAAGGCAGUCGACUGGGUUGUUCAGGUAGAUUGUCCUGAGAAUGUAGCAUCUUACAUACACCGAGUUGGCCGCACUGCUCGUUAUAAAUCUGAUGGAAAGUCAGUUUUAUUCCUAUUGCCUUCAGAAACUCAGAUGCUUGAAAAAUUAAAAGCAGCAAAGGUUCCAGUGCAUUUGACCAAGCCUAGGAAAGAACUACUACAACCAGUGUCCAGUUUGUUAGCAUCUUUACUGGUCAAGUACCCAGAACUUCAGCUGCGUGCCCAAAGGGCAUUUGUCACAUACUUGAGGUCCAUCCAUCUCCAAAAGGAUAAAGAGAUCUUUGAUGUUUUGAAACUUCCUAUUGAUGAGUAUUCAGCAUCAUUAGGUCUUCCAAUGACCCCCAAAAUCCGUUUUCUAAACCGGAAUAUUAAAUCCAAAGCCGUGUCAACAAAAUCAAGUUUAGUUGAACCAGAGGUUCGAAAUAAGGAAAAUGUCUUGGAAGGUUCUAGAGGAAAGCCAGCCACAGUUGUUUUCAAAGAUGAGGAAACUGAAAACGAUCUUCUUCAUGCGGCUGAUACCUCAAAUGAAGGCAACAUGACGUCAACUGAAAUUGGAGAAUUAGUGCCAGCAACUCGUUUAUUAAAGAAGAAAAAGCUCAAGAUUAACUUGCAUAGACCACUGGGGAAGCGGGUUGUAUUCGAUGAUGAAGGCAACACACUUCCUCCACUAGCCACGAUUGCUGACCCACAAAGUGGCAAAGGAACAUCAAUACUUGAUCCAGAACAAAAAGCUGAAUACUAUAAAAGGAUGCGAGAGGAUUUGAAGAAGGCAGACAAGGAAGACAAACUUGUAGAGCGACAGCGACUUAGAGAAAAAAGAAUUAAGCAAAAAAUGAAAUGGAAGGGUGGUGACGAGGAAGAAGAGGACAGCCAAGAUGAUAUUUCUGGGUCAGAAGGAGAUGAAACAGUAAAUAGACGGCAUAACAAGAGUAAAAUAUACUUCGAUAGUGACAGUGAUGAGGGUGAAAGAAAACAAGCCUCGAGGGAUCAAUUGGCGGAGCAAGAAGCAUUGGCUUUGAAGUUGUUACAAUCCAUGCAAGCAUAGGAUACCCAUAUACGACGUUUAAACACAACAAACAUGUGAGAAAUGGAGGGAAGUUUGAUCUUAUUAACAAACAAGGAAUUUUGCAGCAAUUCAAUGGUAAGCAAAGUAUAAUAUAUGGUCUGGAUGAGUUACUACCGGCUAGUUUUGGCUGAUUAUAGUUUUGAUUUUUACAGUUGAGUUUUGGUUGAGGACCCUGUUCAUGAAUGUAACUUGGGACUCUGAUGAAUGUUUUUUUGGAAAUUUAUAUUUUGGUCCAGUCCCAAAGUACUGCUAUUUUUUAAUGUCAAAAGCACUUCAUCUAUUUGGUGUGUGAAGCACAUGGACACACCAUUUUGAACAAUAUUAAUUAGAGCUAUUAAUUAUUCAUUCCUUUAUUCUUCAA